GCUCUCUUUGUUGUAGGCACUGUAUAAUUCAUUUGUGAGGGUUUUAAUUUGGGCUUUUUUUUUGCGUCGUUGUGGUUUUUUUCUCCUCUUGCAUAUUGAAUCUGCCUGGUUUUUGCUUUCUGGGCAGUAGUCCAGAUUUUGGGUUUCCCACUGACUCCUGUGACCUCUUGUCCCUGAGGGCAUUCAAGCAUGUCCCUCAACAAGCUUGGAGCUCUGUAAGAAAUGACUUGCAGUGCUGGGAUCUUGAGACAAUUGCAUUUGGAAGUUUUGGUUUCAAUCUUAAAAUUUCUUCUUCUCCCCUACAUCUGUAGGCCUCUUGUGAGCAAUGUUUUAAGGCUGUUUUAUUAAAGGUGUAAAGGCUUGUUCUGGAGUGGCGACUAUGCCUUGAAGAAGAUAAGAGAACCAUGUUUUAAGUGUCUCUAUGUUCUUGUUUUGAGAGUGUGCAAGGAGUAUUGUAUGCAUAUCUAAAUGUGAUUUUGUUUUAGUUGAUGGUAUUCUGCAAGUAGCCUUCUGCAAAUCCUUUUUAAUGAGGAUUUAACAAUUCCAAAAGAUUAUGUAGACAGAGAGAGGUCAGAUUCCAGGGAGUGAUAUCUAAAAGGAAAAAAGAGAAUCUGGAGGGAUCGAAAAAGAUAGAGAGGAUGAAAGGAUGAAAACAGGUAGUGAUCCAUUGAUAGUGCACAGCAUUAUGAAUAUCAACAAACAGGAACUAGGAAAAGAUUACAGAGAAGAAUGGCAGAACAUCACAAAAAGCCAAUGGCAAGCGGCAAGGUUUAAUUUUUUUUCAGAAAUAUCGGAUCUGUCUAGCUACAAGUGAAAUUUUAGUAGGAACUUGCAGAAGGAGACAAAAAUGUGAAGUACAGUGGCCUCAGAAUAAGGUGAUGACUGAUUUUAAGAGCGAAUAAUUCCUCUGAAAGGAGGGAAAAUAACUUUCUGACAUUUUUCACAGCAAAGUAAGAUAAAGGAGGGGUAAGUGUUGAGGGCAAUAAUCCAGAUAGAAUAAGGCCAUGUUUGUUGCAUAAAGAUGGCCAGUGUGUGGAAGAGGAUUUUAGCAGUUGCAUUUAGAGGAUUUUUCUCUGGUACGAAGUCUAGGCCUGCUGGAGCUGCCAGACAAACCUGUUAGGUUUCUGCCCCUAAUUGUCACCCCCCUACCAAGCCUAUUUAACAUCUAUCAAGAGCUAGCUUGUUGUUAAUUUAAAAAAUAUUACUAUUUUUGUUGCAUGUUUUCAUUGGAAUAUUAUUUGGUGAAAAAAUAUGGAGAGGGAAAAAAACAUUUAAGUCCCAGUCCUCAAAUUCAAGUUCAGGAGUUAUAAAUCCUUUAGUAUAGGCAGUGUUCCCAGAUUUCUUUAUCUGCUUUGGAGACAUAGAGCUGCACAACAUCAAUCUUCAGAGGAAAGAAAACAACCCAAAAUUUAACAAAAAAGCCAGAACUUGCAUCUGUCCAGUAUUUGCAAACAUUGGUUUUCACAGAAGGUGGGCACUUCGCAUUUGGAUGUACCAGGAUACAUCUUUCAUCCAAUCACUAAAUAUCACAAGCUGUACAGUGAGAUAACAUGUUCAAGGAAAAAGCAAUUCUGUCUCACCUCAAUCAAUAUUAAAAGGUUUGUUGCUGUCUCAAGUUGAAGUGAAUUAAGGCCAUUGAAAUCUUGUAUGAUUCUGGUUAUUGGAAAAGCUGUAUUGACUCUGCAAAGUCCAGCAAUACCAUCCAUCAGCCUAGCCCAUGGCUAAUUCAUGAUGCUCUAAUGCCACAUGUGAUAAGGAAAGCUGCUUUCCACCAGCAACCAAAUGAAGGUUAGGAGAAGGAAAUAAAUGCUGCCAGCUUCUUUCCUGUCAGAUGAAGACAAUAAUAACACUUUAGGUUUGCUGCUGCUCCAUUCAAGUCUCCUGCAGUCUCGGGAUGCCUGCUGUAUUUAUUCUGUAGCAUGCACUGUACUUUGCAGAGCCAGUUCUUAUGGGCAGCAGAGGAACAGAUGCAUCCACGUGUAAACCCUUAUGGAAGUCCAGAAUUAGCAUUGAGCUGAGACUGAUGACUGUUGUGCCUUAGCUUUUGGUCCCCCUAAAAAUGGGACAGCUUAGUUUCAUUGUCACCAAGACAGAAAAAGCAUGCAUUUCUCUUCCUCACUCUUAAUAAAACUGGACAAAUAAGGACUGUCAAUACUAACGCUGACAAUGCUCAUCUAUUCUCUUAAUGAUUCUCAUGAGAAGCAGCUAUCUGGAAUAGACUACAUUUUACUUCCUGAUUUCUGGAAAAACAGAUGUCUCCUAAAUCUGAUUUAUUUCUUUUUUUUUUGAAUUAGGACUUGACAUUGAAGUUUGGGAACUGGUGAUCCUUUCUACACAGAAAUGGAUUUGACAUGCAGAAGUCAAAGAACUUAAGCUUGUAUUUUUCCAAGUAUGUGGUAGGGCAGUGAUUUGCAAAAUUCCUAGAAUUCAGGAAUCCAUAAACAUGUUUUCUAUUCAAGUAUGCCUUGGAAUAAUUUAAUCUUCAAAUACUAGAGCCCAGUAUGCAGUUCCUAGAUCAGUUAAUACAACAGUAUGGUAGCCCCUCAUGAGAGAUAUGAAGAGGGAAUUGCAGAAAGCUACUCAAAACCCAGUUAGCAUUCACAUGAGUUUAGCUUAGAAUUAAGUACUUCCAAAACUGAAUUCCAACUUUUCCACUUCUCUGCUACAUCUCUGUACAUCUGUGCUAUAUGCUCUUAAAUGAAACACCUCUUUUUUUUUUUUUUUUUUUUGAAGUCCUCCCUUCAAAAACAUAAAAACAUUCAGUGUGACUCGGGGCCUGACAGUGAAACUCAGCUGUCUUUUUCCAAGAUUUGUAUCUCAGGGCCGAGACACAGGAACAAGUUCCUGCAUGCCAUCUGAUCUGCACGAACUGUGUGCACAUUCUUGGUCCACAGCAAAUGGGAGGUAAUUUGAGUUAGCUUAGCCUUUGAUUAAACUAUUAAUAUCUGUUCAGUACUUUGAAGAGAUCAGGAGUCGUGCAAGUGCUUAUUAGCGUUUAACUUUUUUCAGGUGUAAUCUAGACCUUACUGUCAUGACACCUGCAGCACCUGAAGGUCCAGCUGGCCCUGGCCCCACCUCAUCCAGGAGGGGUCAGGGAACCUGCAUGAGUAGACUUGGAAGCUGUCAGUCCCAAGGAGAUCCCCAGCAAGAGGGCAGCCCCUGCACCCAAGGCAUCUCACAGGAAUGCAGGGUGACAUUUUUCUGUAAAGGGUGAUCUGUGUCUUCCUGCUUCAGAGUGGACCUGAAGUUGCUGCGGGGAGAUGUGUGAGCAAAGCAAAUUCAUGGAUAAGCAGUGUUAGAAACCAGUCACAAAACACGCAGAUGCCUUUCUGAAUUAUGGCCUAAUGCAUCCCACUGUUCGGAAUUAUUUAUGCAAAUAGUGCUCUGACACAUUAAAACACAGAAAAUGUGUUGAAUGUACAGGGAGCUGAUCGGCUCUGGCAUUUCUUAUGGCAGAUCCAGAGGCACACCGGACUCCCUGUAUCCUCUUGCUGCAGCCACAGCCUGUGACUUAAAAGUAAGAGGUGCAGUGAAGGUAAGGUAACGAUGUAUUUAUGUGAAGUGGCUUGAAGUUGACUGUCAAUUUAAAAUUAUUUUUGCUCCGUAGCCAGUGUGCCUCAUUUGGCUGUGAGGACUAGAGGUGUUUCAGGGGAUUUGUUAACUCUGUGACACGAGUGGGAAGCUUGGGGAAAGGGUUAACACUUAAUGACCAGGGUUUUUGUAAGUCAGUUGUUAUCAGUGGAAGAAGAGUCAUAGCAUUAUCCCUGCAGCUGAAUUCAUGUGUUUUUUCAGUCUUGAUGCUCUGAUGUGUUUUUGAUUUUUUUGGACAUGACAUGUUUUCCCCUCUUGCAGUUUACUAAACUAUUCCUGUCAGUGUAAUGAUCCCCAGCUGUUGCUUUAGCCCUAGCUAUUUUCAUGCUGCGAAUGGGAAGAGGAGGAGGAGGAGGGGGACAGAGGCUAACUUGUUUACCACACUGUGAUCUACUUAAUUUGUCAAAAAUGACUAUUACAGUGCUUUCUGUAGUGCAAAGCAAUACUAAAAGGAAAGAGUUGCAGACUUGCAGGAGUAAGGAGAUGGGAGGACUCAAGACAUGCAGAAAACAAAAAAUGAGUAGAAAGCGGGUGCGGUGCGAUGAGUACAGCUGUCAGUAGCAUUUAUGCAGGCAAUGCUUUGAACUGGUAAUGAUACCAAGUAAAAUUUCCAGUAAGUACUUUCCUGCCCUGUCAACUGAAUUUUCUUCAGAGUGGAACUGAGCUUCAUGUUCAGUGGCAGUGGUGCUGAGGUACUGAUAAUCCCAGCAACUGGGACACAUAUUAAUAAAGCUUGGAAACACUUGAGUGGCUUUCAGAUUUUUGAUUUUUUUCAUAAUUAUCUGUUGUUUCUUUUUUCAAGAAAACAUCUCUAUUUAUACUUUUAAACAGCAAAUGACUGAUGCUUAGACUUCCCAGGAGCUGUUGAAAAGCAGCUGCUUUUUUUUGAAAAUGGAACUAUGAUAUUGAAACUCAAACUGCUUUCUUUGCAUCCAGAAAAAAUGUUUGGAGUCCUUACCCGAAGAUGAAGGUCAGUGACAGGAGUGGAUUUUCCUUCUGCUUUUUGAUCCAUCUCAGGGUACCUAUGUAAAUUUUAUCUCUGUAGUUUUAUCGUCCACAAGAUCUGUCAGUGAUCACCUCUGAUUUUUCCUCAUGCAGUCACACCUGCAAGUCAUUGAUCAACAACUUAGUAAAUAUCUAUACCAAAAAUAAGUGCCCGCUUAGAUCUUUCAUUUCGUGCCCCAACUCCCAUAUCUCCUGUCUUUUCUGAGCAUUGAAUUACUGAUUAUGUCACCUGCUGCAUCAAUAAAUUUCAAUCCAAAAUGUAGAAGCAGCACAUUUUUUUGGCAAGAACCUCUGCAACCUAUGGUAGAAAAUGGGAUACAACUCCUGAUGUGGCUUGGGUUUAUCAAAAUAAAAUGAGUAGUGAGCCUGUGGGGCAAAUUGUGCUGCUUCUUCUUGCAGGAGGCUCCUCAAGAUGCAUCAUCUGCCCAAGGGCAUUAACAUGGAGCAGAAUUCAUAGUUUCUUUCUUUUAAUUGGGCCGGUAAAGUAGAUAUGAUGUUUUUCCCUGGCACAAUGUAAUAUUUACUAACCUGGUAUCUCUCUAACUAAGAGCAGACCUGCAGUAGUUGCAAUGUUGUGGUUGCUAAGAAGAACUACAAAAUUUUUUUGCUCAUCAGUGUAUUCAGGAGAGAUGAGAUGGGUAGAAGAAAUGUGCAGGUGAUCUUCUGUCAGAGUUUAUUGUGCAAAUAAUAUAAUCAACAUUCUUUCAAGUGAACAAAGGUUUGAACUUUCCAGCCUGCAGUUUUGCCAUAUAAAGUUAUAUUGGCCUGAUGCAGCUAACAAGAAAUGUGAAAGAAGUUGGUGAUAAGGAAGAGGAUAUAUUGCUUUGGGAUGUAAAUUCUUUGCAAAAUUGUCUGUGAAAAUUGGAGAAAUCCAGGCUUUCUUGACAAUCUUAUUUUAAAACUAGUUUUCAGAAAUAAAGAGCUGUAGAGAAAGCCUUUUGUAAAAAUACAGCUUUUUGAGAGUUUUCAGUGGAAGUGCCUACGAUGGACUUUUCUCCAUCACAGGGACAGGAAUCAUCUGUUGCAAUCAUGCUUAUUAAGACCUUGUUCUGUGGUCUCUGUCCCCAAAGGCAGCUCAAAGGCCUGUCACCAUUCUGAGGGUCUUUCCCAUAACAACUGCUGUGCCAGCUGACACAUUUAACAUUUUUUUGGUAAGCUUCCUCACUGAAACACUUGUCAGGCACGAACAUUGUGCUGCCCAGCUGGGUUGCUGGGGGCAGAGCUGAGUGAUGCUCUCUGGGUGAUGGAAGGAAGAGAUCCAGUUUUGACUUUCUCAGUGUGGAGUUCCUGUAGCUUCCUGCUGCUCCAUGUCUCUCCAGCACUAAGUGCAUGGAGACUACAGCUGUGUUUUUGUAGGAGUGGAAUGUGGCAGCAGGUAUGAUCUUUGGUUCCUCACCUCUGCAAAUCUCACAGCACUGCUGGAAGCCAGAAGCUCCCGUUGCGUAAUUUGAUCAGUAUGAAAGAAACGUGUAACCUGUCCCUGCAAAUUGUUGUGUGUUCUGUUUCUUAUUUUGGUGGAUGUUCUUUUUAGUCACUUUCACCUUCCUAAGCCUCUUUCUCUGUUACACCUAGGUGUGAACGUCCUUCUAAGGCUGCUUGCAGCCCUUUUUCACACUCUGAUGGGGAAUUCUCCCUUUUCAGGAGAAGACGACAACAUUUUAGAAGUAGAUGCUAAACUAACCGUACCUUUGUGUCUCUCUGAGAGACUCUUUUACUGCUGCUAAUAAUAUCUGUCACAUUGGCUGCAGGCAGCGUAGAGGAUUGUAUCUUCAGGACUGACAUGUGACAGUGAAUCUUAACUACAGCUGCAAACGCUGUCCCCUGCAGCCACCUCCCUGCCUCAGUGCUGGAGGCAGCCACAGAAGGGAAACGUGGCUGCCCUUCCCCUGCUUUUGUUCAGGAUGUGAGUGAAAGCCCACCUCCAUUACCAGUUGGACAGAAUGUUGAAGUGUGUGUGAUCUGCUGCUGCUGGCAUUCCCCUCUGUGCCCUUCAGCAGAGGACUGAGCCAGCAGUAACAUUUUAAACAUCUGCAGAAUUUGUCCACCAGCCUAAAGUCAGUGGUCAUGCAGUCCAUUCUGGACCGCUGAGUUUUUUUGGUUUGCUGAUUGAUCUGUUACAUAGAAUGAUAUUAUUUAAAUAUUUACAGCUAUGAUAGCACAUUAGGCCUCAUAGCUGAAAUUGUUCAAUGCUAUGCAUCUUCCCUCAUGGCAAAAACCACAAUUGUCAGUCCUGGAGAUGUGUAGUCCAGAGUUUUUUUUGAAAGAAAGUAGAUUAGGUAGGUAAAAAAGGAGAAGGGAGGUAAAAAACUGUAGAUAGAUAUUGUAUCAUCAGCGAAAAGAUUCUGAGGGACUUUGAUUUGCUUUUUAUGUGAAAUGCAAAUUUUGGGGAUCAGCUUCCAUGCUGGGCUCCUGUGGGGGAACUGAUUUCUAAUGUAGAAUGAUAUGAUGGGCGCACCUGAAUCUUGCAACUUUUUUUACAAGUAGCAACAGAAUUCUAAUAGAAUUUGUACUUAAACAAUAAAGAAGGUGUCAGACUGUUGGAGUGCACAGGCCAGGAUCUUUAUGUGAACCUCAGAUGCCAUGACCGUGACCAGUGUUCUUUGCAGUCUUUGAGAAAAACAGCAAAGAUGUUUUUAACUACCAUGAAUUAAAAGAAAUAUGGUAAUUCCUUGUAGUAUCCACCUGAAAUUCUUGCUAAGAGAGAAUGCUGGGGCUUGGAUAGAAGCUGGUGGAAGGAAUGCUGACUAGAUAGGGAAUGCUCCGAGUCUUCCUUGUGCAUGUAAUAUGCACCUUGGACAAAACCACUUUUGUUUCAUGUCCCACGAAGUAACUGUCAGCACAAUGAACCAGCUGAAGUGGGGAGAUGCUCAAGCUAGCUGAUUUAAAACUAUAAGGCCCAGCUUUCUGAGUUCCCUGUGUAACUAGUUAAUUAUUACUUAGCUGGUUUUGUAUUUAAAUUUGCAGACUUCUAAGUAAUUUUUUCUACUGCUUGUGGUAAAACACAUUUGCUCUCAUUUGCAUUUGGUUUCAGUAAACCAAAGAUCUUUAGGUGGUUAAAAAUCCGAAAUGGUCUUGGAAAUACAGAAUUAUUCCGUGUUUUAGUGGAAAACCCCAAAACACAGCUCAUAUGUCGAGGUGUCCCAGCUGAAAUUUUGCCACAGAAAUUCUGUGGUGUCUUGACCAUUUGAUGAUUCCUGUGAAGGGAACUUUCAACCUCUAUCUGUAGAGGGUGCCCUGUGGCAGAAGGAAGGCUGAAUCACUGGGCCAAACCCAGUCUCUCAGAAAUGUUUGAGGAAGUUUGUGACCUUGAUCUGUGAGGCUGUUUGUGCACUGGAGCACUCUGCUGUAGCAGAAAUUGAAGGGAGGCGAAUUAUGAAGGAAAAAUACUUGACCAAAUCUCCUUUGCUGCAAGGGGCAUGGAAAGAUUUGCUCAUCAAUUUUACUGUUAUAAACAUAUCUAAUCAGUCAUGUGUUUUACGAAUGUGUCUGGGCACUGUCUCAGUGCCUGAUUUUCUUUCUGCUUGUAAGAAACCCACAGGAACACAUCCCUUGAACUCAGAGUUUUAAAUACAAUGAAAAAUUGUUCAGAUUCUGACAUAACUCAAAACAUUUGUUUUUUAAAUUCGGUAUAGUUUUUUUUGAAUAAAAAGAUAAACAACUCCCGUGUAUCAUCUUUAUGGAAAAUGAAAUGGUUGCAGCUCUUUCUUCUUUUAGGCAGAGAUACCCCUGUCUUUCCAAGAAAAAAAAUUUAAAGGGUUUGAACUUGUGUUUCCCUUGUGUAGCUCGCCUUUUGUACUGUCACCUUAGUAGACAGCUGUAGAUCUAAUUGUCAAGCUAUAUCUACCCGUUCCUUCUUUUUUCUUCAUUUGUCCCCAUCUGCCAUGUCAUAUUAAAUUAUCUGGGAGAAUUUCUUUCUAGAGUCUUCUUUGCAAGCUGGUUAAGGGCAAUGUUAGUUCCUCCUUGUUCAUUGUUUCAUGGAAAAAUACAAAUCACUACAGAUUGUGACUCAAGUUUACACAGGGAAGUGGGAAAUUCUCUGUAUUUUUCCCUCCUCAAGAAUUCUCUUCCAGCCAUAAAUAGUAACAAUGGAUAUAUAGAUGGCAUCAACAAGUACUGAUUACAGUUAAUAUUUACUGUAUUAUGAUACCAGGGUCAAUUUUAGGUAGACCUUUCCACCUAGGUAUUUUGUUACAGGUCAUCUUGUUGGAUCAUGCAUGGUAGCCAGAUUCCAUGGAUAUGGAUAUGUGCCUAGUUACUCACAUGCUUAGUUUUCACCUAGCCAGUACUACUGAGACAAAAUGAUUUUUAUAAGAAUCAGUACCCUGCACAGAAAGCAAACCAACUUUUCCUCUUGACAAGCUUGUUGUGCAUUUUUACAUGCUGCAUAUCGUACAUGUUACAUGUAUUUCAGGUGAAUUUCUUAAAGUUGUAUUUUAACAGUUUCAGCAAGUGCUGAGAUGGAUUAUAGGUGUACCAAGAUUUGAUGGUUAAGAAUGGGCUUCUAUGUGUUCAAUAGAAACACUUACGUACUAAUAGUAACAAACGUGUCUGGUUUUAAAAUUUUAGUAUCAAAGAAGACAAAACUGGCAUUGCAAUUAAAAGCAGCAGUGAAUAAAAUGGCAUUAACUCCUCCUAAAUAUUAAAUGUUUAAUGGAAGCGGCAGGAGUUAAGUCAUGAAGGAAGGUGGUAAAGGUAAAUACUGUAAAAUGCACAGCAACUGCUAGUCUUAAUUUUUAAUAAACAUGAAAAGGACCCUGCAAAAUUCAGCAUAACUUCCAUGUAAUAAUCAAGUUUGCAUUUAUUUGGAGUCAUAUACUUGAGUAGCUCCUGUGAAAUAAGCAUGUUCAAUUGUGUGCAAUAUUGAGACCAGAUCUCAGAAGUUACCAAGCAAACUUCUAAGGCAAUGAGUUGGUUCUUCCUCUAGGACCUCCGCAUUUUACCACCAAAGCCAAUGCUGACUUGAGCCUUGGAGUAACUGUUCUGUCCUGUCUGGAUCUUAGAUCAUAUUAUGUCUUGGUAGUUGGAUGGUGCUACUGAUUUUGUUCGUUUUAUAGUACUGUGUCCUAACAAAACAAAAAUUGCUGUAAUUGCUGGUUUUAUCUUCUAAAUACAGUUUUUAAUUAACAUUAAUGUGAUGUCUACAUUUACCAAAUGGCCUGCUGAAGUAGCUUGUUGUUCUCUGCUCUGUGUGAGCCAGCUACCUUGUGGUAAUAUGAGAAUGGAAAUAGAUCCUUUUACUUUUGACUGUGUGCUUCUGAUUUCAUAUUCUUUGGGGACCACUUUCCUCUGUAGGUUGGGAUUUUUGAUUCUGCUAAAUUAGCUGUAUCAAAGAAUUUUUGUAUUUGUCUCCCCUAAGAGAACUAGUUAAUGCCUCAUAACAUUGACUCAUUAAAAGAUAAUACAGUAUUCCAUCCUCCUUGGAAAACAUCUUUUUAUAUUUUUCCUAUUUCAUAUUUCUCUUCCAGUGGCAUCCUCCCAGCAAAAGAAAUUGCCCUGAACCUGGUUUUUGUGUUUUUAGCCAAAACCAGUCUUCUGGAAUUUGCUCAUAUAGACCAUCAAAGGCCUGUGUAAGCUGCACGCCAUGUUAAUGAUUUUAUAUGACCCAAGAAUAUUUUGAGCUGUAGAAGCUUUGAAGAGUUUGAUUUUAUCAAGAAACAAGUCCUUCUUGUCCUGAGAGUGACAGUCAGUUCAUUUUCUCUUUUCCUUGUCUUUUAGUGUUCUUAAUUGACCAGUCACUCUUCUUUUUCUGUACUUUUCAGCUGCUUUUUAAAACUGCUGGACAUUUGAGAGCCUGAAGGCUUUUAGAAGUGCUGGAUAGUAAAAACCAACUCCGGUGUGAUAUGCCCUCCAUUGCAUCCUUGGAUUAUUGCUAGCACAUCCACUGUGAAGUAUUUUGGAAGUGGUUGCUUUGGAGGUGAAGAAACUCUUUGUUUUUUAAGAAUCACUGGAUAGAGGGUUUAGGACUACCUCAGGCAGAAUCAUACUCCUGUUCUCAUCUGUACAAAUGUUUCAUGCUUCCUAAGAGCUUCCUGAGAGGCUAAGAAAUAAGAGGUGGUCAUGAAAAAAGGUUCAAGUCCUCUAUACAAGAACUGCCUGUGAUGCAGUGUUCCCCAAACUGGUCCAAGACACCUUUCCAUCUCAGCAUCUUGCAGCAGGAUGUGCUGGUUUCUGCACUUUCAUCACUCUCAGAACCUGCAGUACAGAACUGCUCCCGAUCCCAGUUUUGUUUCCUGUUCGGGAUCUGCUUCACAUCUGCUUCAUCUACUCCUCUUCGGGUGUAGGGAGAGUGCUCCCAGUCCUACUUCUCACAGAGGGAAGACCACAGCAUGAAUAUAAAUAAGUCACUUUUGCCUCUAGUGUGAAAGGUUGUUGUAACAGUUGAAGAAACCAAACCAGAUUUUCUCUCUAUUCUUUACCCUUCCAAACUCCAUUUUCUCCCUAGCAUGGUUGCUAAGGAAGAGCAGAGGAAGCUGCCUGCAUUUUAAUAGCAGCCCUUGCUGCUUCAGUAGAGAAAAGAUGUAGUGGAAUGUGAGAUAGUCUCAAACAGUAAAGAAAUCAACUUCUGCUUUACUCUCCCUUUGUGCAGACUUGCUUCAAGCUAUUUUUUCAAAUGCAUUGAGAUGAACAGAACCUUAUGGCUGCUGCUCCCAACAACAGUGGAUGCUUGCAAAUUGUGAGGAUCAACAGUGUGUCUGCUGCUUCUCCUUCACUCCACAGAGGGACAUGAAUUUUUGGCAGCCCCUUCCCUGGGUAGCAAACUGUCAUAUAAUCCCUGCAGUUUGGGUGUCAUUUACAGUCUGCUUCACUUAAAUGCUUCUCUGUUAACUGCACAGUCUGCUUAAAUGCAAAGCCAGCAUGUAUUCCCCAUCAGCAGUGGGGAAUAAAAUGGAUUUAGUGGAUUAAAAUGCUGUUAGGCUCAGAAAAAUUGCCUUUAAAAAAGGCCCCAAAAGUUUGCUUUUCUUUGUUGGUAACUUACCCCCGUUCUAGCAUGUUCUGUGUGGUGUGGGGUAUGUUGUCAACAGCAUCAGGAAAAUGCAGCUCUAAAACAGAGGAAGUAAUCUACCUCAGCAAUUUAAGAUUGAAAAUUAAUUUUGACCAUUGUAUUCUCACUCAUUGAUCACAAACUAUCACAGGUGGUUUUUUCUUACACCUUCUUGUGGACCUACAUGUAAUUUGGUACGCUAACAGCCCUUGGCUGCUUAUGCACAGAAAGGUGUUGCAACUGGAGUUUUACAGAUGCUGCCCUUGCUGGUGAAUCUAAUCUGGCUUCCUGUUGAUGCAUGAAAAAAUCUAAUGCAAGUCAACAUUUGUUUUGUAAGCUGGCACAGCUGAAAAAUGCCCAGAGACCAUUUUUUGGUGUGAGGGAAAGGUUUUCUUAUCACAUCUCCAAGGGACUGAAUUCAGUAGGAUAUAGCUUCCACAGAAAACAACAGCUGGUGUGCUGCAUAUUCAAAAGCUGAAUUUGGCAUUUGCUUCUGGUCAAAUGUGACUAUUUAAUCAGAAAGUAGGGGAAAAUUCUCUUCUUAGUGUAAUUAGAAGGGCUGCUGGUUGAAUGGUAAGUGGAAAGGUGGCUUCAUCCUUCAGAGCAGUGGUUACAUGGCACUGUGAUAUUUGAGGUAGAGGCCCCAGUUCUGCACAAACACCUUUGUCAAUUUUGUUCAGCAAAUACUCUGUGUCAUCAGAGUUGUCUUUUAUUGUUGCAUAUUAGAAUUCAGUUGCUUGCAUAUGGUGUUAACACAAAUUGGACUGAAAAAUUGGAAAUUAUGUGUGGGCUGCAAAUGUUGGCCUAGAGCCACAUCUCCUUAAUCCAUAGUCUCUGACCCUCACAAAGUAAACCUGGUCAGACCUGCUCGGUGCUAGGCCAGUGAGAAUUCUCCUGAAAUUCCUUUGACGCUACAGGAAGGUAGAGAUGUUGAGCUAACUGGCCAGUUCCUAUUGCAGCUCAUGCUGUAUCAGUGCUUCCUUGUGAGUUAAGAGGAUGCUGUAGCCGCCCAGUGCUUUCAGAACAGGCUCUCCAGAGGUGCUGAACGAUGUACAAAUAAACGAGCAUUAAAUUGCUUUUUACUCUCUUUACUUACGCUUGCACAUUCCUCAACUUGGAUAAUGAAGCUGGGCUAAUUUCACUUGUUCUUCAGUAGUUUUGCUUCCUAAUCACGUGGUUUAUUUAUUGGGUUGCAGGGACGAAUUCUUCUAUCAGACUGCUUUCACUGAAUUUACAAAAUUGAUAAAUCACGUCUGUGAGCAUACAUUCUUUCUUGUUAAUACACAGUUUGUGUCUUGCACUCUCCCACUUUGCGUGAGUAUCCCAGCCUGAAUUCCAGGGAGUUCUGCCUCCUUCAGUCCCUCUACAGGGUUUCUUUUGGCUCUAGCAGCCUUCCUUCCUUCCUGAUCUGCACUGCUGCUUGUGCUGUCCCAGUUGUAAUCCACCAUAUGGCUGUGCUUAAUCAUUACCUUGGUUGGGUGACCUUAAGUAUCGCUUGGGAUUCCUGGCAGGAAAGGUUUUGCAGAAAUGUGAGCACAGACUCCCUUUGGUAGUAAGUCUGUAUUCAAUAUAACGUGCACAAGGUCUCACCACAAGCUACAGUUCACAGCUGUGCACUUCUUCUUGCUAGUUUUUAAAAAACAGGAAAUACAGGGUAUUUUAAUAAUUUCUUGUCACAAACCUGUCCUAGUAUGUGAGACAGUCUUUCAAAAGAGAUUUUAAGUUUAUUUUUCUCUGUUGAAAUGCUAAGAGGCAGAAUCUGCAGUAGUUCCUGCAGCAGUUCUAGUCACACUACUAAAUGCAGUGUGGUUUAGAAAUAGAAGGGCAGGCAUGCUGCUGCAGAUUUAGGUAAUGAGCUGCAAAAAACAACUUAGCUCAUCACAGAUAUUUGUUCUUGCUUCUGCUUACUACUAAUGCACCCCUGAACUACCCCCAGAUUGGAGUUGUCCUGAAAGUGCCCCUAUGGGUGCAAGCUCUUUAUAUUAAUUAUAUACUGUUAAAUCUGAGCCGCCACCAGCUGUGAGUAGCUGGUCCUGGAGUAUGCCUGUGGGCUGGUUCCUUGUUGAGAAAGUUUUAUGCUCAGACAAACACAAAAAAAUCAUGACAUGUUGUAUUUACUAAUAGGUGACUCUGUUGGUAGUAGCUGUAUCACAGUAUUAUUUGUCAUUUAAUACAUCUCCCACCAUCGCAGUUCUCCUCUACCCUUAAUUCCUAAAUUCUUAAACUGCUGGCAGUGGUCCUGCAUCCUAGCUCCCAGAUUUCUCUGGAAUGUUUUACUAAUUCUUGGAAUGGUCCAUCAGUGAUACGAAAACAUUGUUCAGAAUUUAAUAGGGAACAUUUCAUGCUUGUGAAAUAAGUUAUGCCCACCUUUGAGUGGGAAAAUCUGACAAGGAUACAAAUCCCACAAAAUAUUGCAUAUAGUAGAAGGGCACCAGUUUGGAACUUAUUUUCUAGCCAGCAGUUAUACACUGCUCUUUGUAUGACCUGUUUUAUUCUUAAUUUGAAAAGUAAUUUACAGGUAAAGUACAGGGAUAAAGGAAACAGAACAUUGUCCAUUUGUGACUGAAAGACACUUCAUUCUGUCCUAGAGUAGCUUUGAAUUUCUCUGGUCAUUCUAGACCUUUGGCUGAGCUCCAUGUACAACAGCCUUGGACUGGUGCUUGGGACAUCUGUUAAUCUAUAUAUAGGAUUCACACACUUGAACACGUAAACAGGUGAUCUCCUAAAUAUAUGAAAUGGCAUUGGGAACUCCAAGUACUUAGUUAAGCCAAAAUGUAUUUAGGAGUGAACUGAAAUAAUCCUUUUUGCCCUCCUCCCUGCCACAAAAAUAAGCUGUAUGGGGGAAAAAAGUACUUUAUGGCUGAUUAUAACUUGUGCUUUAUAUGUAUGUAUAUACCUUCAUAAAUCCCAGGAAUUACUUAGUGCUUAUAAAAAGGCUUUUUUCCCCUUGUUCCUCAGUUUUGUUCUCUUGACAGUUACUGGGUUCUUGCUGUGAAGGGAUAUAGGGUUUAAAAACAAAAGGUGCAUAUAAUGGGUAGAGAAAAUGGGUAGUAGAUGGUAACAAAUAAAGAAAUAAGAUAUCUUUAGAAAAUUUGUAAGGGAGGCUGCAGUCAGGAGGGGAAUUUUAACUCAUUUGAUGAAGUCUCUAGCAGUCUGACUGAGAGUCAUUUUUAAUAAAUCUGGGAACAGCAGGCAGACUUCAGAAGAGCAAAAGACUGAUACGGUUUUGCAUCACUGCUGACAAAGGGUGAAUGAGUGAAGAGUGGCUCAUCUGCUGUCAGUUCCAGGAAAAAAGACGAUGGAAAAUUUGAUCAAGAAUUUAGGUGGUACAAGAAUAGCAGUAUAAUCACGCUGAUCAGCUUUUCAGUUUGUGAAAACAGUCUGCUCAAAUGUGAUUCUGUCAUUUGGAUAACUGAAAUGUGGUUGCUAGGGGUUUUGUCUAGGUGCAACAGGCUUUUAUAACAUCUUUAACUUAGUAGCAUGGUGUAUUUUGGUUUUAAGAAGUAUAUUUGGAUUUAAUGAAGUACUGUUUAAUUGGAUUAAGAACUGGUUGUAAUCAUAGAAAGCAGAAAAGUAUUUCUGGUUGAGCUCAAGCCGGUGUAGUCUGGAAACACAUGCAAGAGGCUGUAACAGUGUGGACGGAACAAAUGCUAGUGGAGGAAUAAAUUGUGACAUAAAAAAAAUAGUUUAGAUCAUUUAGGCAAACCGAGACAGUUGAGCAAAAUGCAUAUUUAUACAGGUGACCAUACAGAUGUGCACCCAGGAGCAAGAAAUACUCCACCUGUGUGGGGAGUUUUAGCUGAAAAUCCCUGGCUGGGAGGUGAAAGGGAAACAGUAGGUGUGGUUACAAAUGUGAGGUGAGGUAGGUGGUUGUAGCAAGUUAAGUGGCAGAAAGAGCUAACAUGCGUUACUAGAUGUGUAAACAGAAGACAUGAAUAAUAAUGAGAUAGUCUGCUGGGGACAUGGACCUGCUGUGAUAGGUUUGUGCGUUGCCUGUACACAUUUUGUGAGAUGUGCUAAUUUAGGGUACGGAUAUAUGGGCUCAGUAGGGGAAGCAAUGCCAUGCAGCAAGCGGUUCAAUGGGCUGCUCCUAAUGGGGCAGAAAUCACUUAGUGGCAGUGUGCUGUUGGAAGGAUGAAAUCCAACUCCCACCUUCAGUGCUGGCAAAUACCAGGGGCCCUGCUUGUUCCACUACAGCUCCUGGCUAUGUGGUCAUCCUCUUCAACUCACUAGUGCAAAAACUGGUGCCUGUUUUGACUGGGCUGUGGUCUCUGUCAGUGAGUCCAGCCACCAGUCAGGGGGACAUGAGAGGUAAUGGGGACAGUGAGAGAUUUGACACUGUCUCUCUCAGCAAGGUGUUAGAUGAAGAUUUGGGUUUUGAUAACCUCAAAAGGAAUCCAGCAAAUGAGAAGCUCUGUGAGCAGGCUGCCUGUGAGCUGUGCUAGCCCUCGCACUAGCACAGAAGUCAGAGUGCGAUCUCAUGCUGGGUGGGAGGAAGAGUCUGGAACUACCACUUCUGUUUGCAGUUUCACAGCCAAAUGAAGGGCCUGUUCCUUCCCCUCUCUGUUCCCUCCUCCUCCUUCUGGCUCUUGGCUGAUCCCACACAGAAUUACCAUGGUGCUCUGUACAUCCUCCUCCCCUCUCUCACUUCCAUGUACUAAAAGAAAGUAGUUUCCUGCCCAGGAUGCAUAUAUUAAGAAAUCAUAGUUUGUCUUGAGAAACAGAAGAGAGGUAACUUGUUUGCACACUGUGUGCACAGAGGUAUUUCCACUGGUAGGAGGUACUCCUCUCACUGUCAUAAACAGUUUCAGAGAAAGGUACACCAAGAGUCAAUGGAUAUGGAAGCCAGAAAAAUCCAAGAAGAAAAUUAAAUGUGAUUUAAGUGAGGGUGAUUAGGUGCUAUGGAAACAACCAUAGAAAGGAAGAGAUGGAUCUCUUUUUUAAUACAUAUGAAGACCAGAACCCAUAUUGGAAGAUGUAUCUUAGUGAAAUGCAAGCUGCAGAUAGGAGGUUGAAAGAAACAGUGCUGCAGUUGAAGCUCCAGCAGCGACGCACGCGGGAGGAGUUGGUGAGCCAAGGGAUCAUGCCGCCUCUGAAAAGUCCAGCUGCAUUUCAUGAACAGAGAAAGAGUUUGGAGCGUGCCAGGACAGAGGACUAUCUGAAACGCAAAAUCCGCUCCCGGCCAGAGAGAUCAGAGCUGGUCAGGAUGCACAUUCUGGAAGAGACCUCAGCUGAACCCUCCUUGCAGGCUAAGCAGCUGAAGCUGAAGAGAGCCAGACUAGCAGAUGACCUCAAUGAGAAGAUAGCGCAGAGGCCAGGGCCCAUGGAGCUGGUGGAGAAGAACAUCUUGCCUGUAGAAUCGAGCCUGAAGGAGGCUAUUAUUGUUGGACAGGUGAACUACCCAAAGGUUGCAGACAAUUCCUCCUUUGAUGAGGACAGCAGUGAUGCCCUCUCCCCAGAACAGCCAGCCAGCCACGAGUCCCAAGGGUCUGUCCCAUCGCCGAUGGACUCCCGGAUUUGUGAGCCUCUCCCUAGCACCACUGGUACAUCACUAGCUCAGGGUUCAUCCCAGUUGCAGAUUAGUGCAGACUCCAGUGAAACUCUUUUCCUACCUGAGCAGCCACCUCCACCACUGCCACCUCCACCUCUUCUGCCCCCUAGUCUGACCAAUGGAGUGGCUCUUACUGCUGCCAAGCCCCCACCAACACUCAUUAAGCAAAGCCAGCCCAAGUCUGCUAGUGAGAAGUCACAGCGCAGUAAAAAAGCCAAGGAGUUGAAGCCGAAAGUCAAGAAGCUUAAGUAUCAUCAGUAUAUUCCCCCGGACCAAAAGCAGGACAAGGGAGCUCCUCCCAUGGAUUCAUCCUAUGCCAAAAUACUGCAGCAACAGCAGCUCUUUCUUCAGCUUCAGAUCCUCAACCAGCAGCAGCAGCACUACAACUAUCAGACCAUCCUGCCAGCCCCACCUAAGCCUCCAGGAGAGCAGCAGAGUGGUGCCAGUGCCCCUACCGUACGCAAUCUCUCUGCCACAGUCAGCAGCACACCUUCAGUAUCUUCUGGUUCUAGUGGGCUGAUGAGACAAAACAGUAACGCUGCGGCGGGCAAGCCUGGCCCUCUCCCUGCCAACCUGGAUGAGAUGAAGGUAGCAGAGCUGAAGCAGGAGCUCAAGUUGAGGGCCUUGCCUGUCUCAGGCACAAAGACGGACCUGAUUGAGCGUCUCCGAGCUUACCAAGAGCAGAAUGGUGCAGCUGGCCAAACAACCCCCACUCCCAAGCCCAGCACAGCAGCCGUCCUCCCUAAAGCUGCUGAGGUGGUGGUGGCCUUCCCAACUGCCAGGCUGAGCACAGGGCCAGCCCUGGUCACCACUGGCAUUGCACCAGCAGAAGUAGUUGUGGCCACAGUUACUGGUGGCAGUGUGAUGAAGUUUGGGAGCACAGGCUCAACUCCUCCUGUUUCUCCAACUCCUUCUGAGCGCUCACAAAUGAGUACAGGAGAUGAAAACUCGGGCACUGGAGAUACCUUUGGAGAGAUGGUGACUUCACCUCUGACCCAGCUCACCUUGCAGACAUCUCCAGUGCAGUUCUUAGUGAAGGAAGAAAGCUCCAAGUCCACUUCCUGCAGCAUAAACGUGGCACCCAAGUCAGAGUGGUGUGGUGCUGGUAACAGCAGAGAUGCAGAAGUUAGGGACAAAGACCAGAUGCUGCAGGAGAAGGACAAGCAGAUCGAGGAACUCACCCGCAUGCUGAAACAGAAGCAGCAGCUGGUGGAGAUGCUUAGGCUGCAGCUGGAGCAGGAGAAGCGCUCUCAGCAGUCACAGCCAGCUCCAACAGCCGCGGGAGAAGGAACAGCCCUCGCCUCCAAACCAGGAGCGUUUGACACCCAGGUCAAGAGUGAAAAUGGUUUCCUGAGUUGCCAGUGUGCGAAGCAAUCCAGUGGCCAAACAGACCAAUUCAGCCCUGCAUCAACCGCUAGCCAAAUGGACACUUCGAAUCCAAGCCCAGUGCCAAAGAAAGCCGUGAUGGUGAAGCAGGAGGAGGCAGAGCCGCCGUGCCAGUCCCACAGCCCGCGGCUUUUCCUUGGCCAGCAAGGGAGCGCCCUCAUCAAGGGCACCCCUCCCCCCACCCUCAUCACUGACUCCACAGGGACCCACAUUGUCCUCACCGUGACCAAGCAGAGUGCCGAGAGGCAGGGCCUCUCUCCCCACGGGAUGGCAGGGAGCAGCUGCCCACCCUUGCAGAGUGUACAAUCAUCACCCGCUAAAACUUCCAGCCAACUGCCAUGUCAGGUACCUGCAAACACCCCUCAGCAGCCCACGCAGCAGCAGCAACAGCAGCAGCAACAGCAGCAGCAGCCCAGAGGACCAAACCAAUCUAAGUCCUCAUCGCAGCCUGGCUCUCCUGCUGCGCCUUCCCCCUCCCAGAUGGACCUGGAGCAGCAACAGCACACGCCGCUUUUUGGAACUCCUCCACCUCCUCUUCCGGUUCCCUCGGUCCCAAUGAAAGAGCCACCGCCAGGCUAUGAAGAGGCCAUGAAGCAACAGCCAAAGGCCCAGGAGAAUGGCUGUUCCAGCCAGCAGAUGGACGACCUGUUUGAUAUCCUCAUCGAAAGUGGAGAGAUUUCUGCUGACUUCAAGGAUCAGUCGUCCCCGGCUGGGAAAGAACCACCUGUGGCCCCGGCCUGUUCCCCACCGCCCAGCAGCCACCACUCCUCCGAGCUGGCGGUGCCCGUGUCCCUGGGGCAGCCGGCGCUCGUGGGCCGGCUGGAGGACUUCCUGGAGAGCAGCACCGGCCUCCCGCUGCUGACGGCAGGCCACGAUGGGCCGGAGCCCCUGUCCCUCAUCGAUGACCUCCACAGUGAGAUGCUGAGCAGCUCGGCCAUCCUGGACCACCCGCCUUCACCUAUGGACACCUCGGAAUUGCACUUUGCUCACGAGCCAUCUGGGGGCAUAGCCCUGGAUCUGGCUGAGGCUAACUUGGACAGCAUGGACUGGCUGGAGCUGCCAGGGGGUUCUGUCAUGAGCCUGGCUCCCCUGAGCACCACGGCUCCCAGCCUCUUUUCCACAGACUUUCUCGAUGGACACGAUCUGCAGCUGCACUGGGAUUCUUGCUUGUAAUUCUGUGAGCAGAGACUGAAGGGAAUGGGAGUGGGAGGGCACAGGCAUGCAGAGGGAAGAGGCCAGUCAACCAAAAAAAGAAAAAAGAAAGAGCUCCUAGUAUUUGUACUCCUCCCCUAACAGUAUCCUUCCUGCGUGAAGCCGGCAGUGGGCCAGGCCAGGGCAGGGAGAACAGCUGCUGGGGAGGGAAAGGGGCAAGAGGAGUUGUGGGGCUGGUGACCUCCUGCCCACUCCACACAGCCUGGCCCAGCUGGGGUGAGAGCAGAGGCAGCAGCCCCUGUUCCUCCGGGCAGGAGCAAUGGCAGCACAUUGUUCCCUCACGUGGGACAGAGCAUGACUGGGCCUGAGGUGUUUCCAGAAGCAGCACUCUGCGCCUUCCUGGGAUUGGCAGAUAAAGGGGGUCGUGCUGCCCCAGCACGGUUUUUCUUAACGGUUGUGGAAGGGGAUUCUACCUCUGGAGCAGGACACAAAGGCAGGAAGGCUGGUUGGGGCCCAGAGCAGCUGCCCUCUGCACCACCUGCCAUCUCUCAGGGGAGGGUCUGAUCUGCCGCAGGGCUGGGAGGAGCUGGGCAGAACAGGCACCUUCUCUAAAUGUAGCCAAAGGGAACCAGGGCUCCCCACCAACCUGGUAACGUCUAAGCUGGUUUCCCAAAUAUUGCUGAGCUUGGCAGAGGCCCGCCUGCUAGCUUCACUCACUUUGGGCUGCAGAACAGUUUUUUAAGGUGCUAAAAUCAGGUCCUUAUAUGUUAAAACUGCUGUCAGGCACAGCCCAUUGCCCCCAGCUCCCACUGCACUCAUGACAUCCCCAGGUGAGCAGGGGAGUGAGCCUGGGCAGGGACACGAAAGCACCAGCGCGUCCUGGGGAGCAGGUGAGGGGCACAGCUGGCAAUCAGUAACAUAUCAUUGGGGGCCAUGUGCAAUCUGUCUCUGCCUUCACUGUGUUGGUGCCUCACUGUAGCACGUGCCCCAGUGGAAAGCAGCAGCUGGGAAUGGAUGUUGGACCCCAUAGGCAAGGAAAGGGAAGUGGGACUGCAAGAGUGGUGUUGUGUGGCACAGUGCAGGUCCUGGCUCAGUGACUGUGAGGGCCCCUUUUUGGGGAGGAGCCUGAAAGCAAGUAUUGGACAGCUGACCUCUGCUCUUCCUCCCUCCAGUCCCACAGGGUAAAAGGCAAAAGUAAAUGGCUGCUUACUUUGAGCUGCUGCCCUGUGUCCCUGCAGGGCCCCAGGCUGGUGCCUUGGGGUGGCUGCGGACUGAGGAGUGGGUGGACAAGCUCCCAGGACCUCAGAGCCAUGACGAUGCUAUUCCUUGGGCAGGGCUCUGUGGUGGAGCACCAGGUCUGUGGCUCACUCUUAUGCUGUUACUUUAGAAUUCCCGUGUCAGUAGUAACUCAUGGCCACACUGAGCAGGUGGGGCAUGGCUUACGUGGACGUGGCCACCUCACCACAAGGCUGUCCCUGCUUCGGCCCUGAGCUGGGCCCAGGCUGCCUGCGGCUGAGGGGAAGCCUGGGGGGAAGCUGUGGCUUCUGAAGUCAUGCAGACUGAGGUACUGACCUGCUCAGGCAGUGGAAGGAUCAACUGCCAUCCUUCUCAGUAUCUCCUUGAGGAUACUGUCCCCACCUUUCCCCCACGCUGGGCCACAGAGCUUCCUGCUGGAGAGGGGUAGCUGUGAGCCAUGUGCUGCUUCCCUGCAACUUUUGUACCUGGUCCUCUUCCCAGGGAGAGGCUGUGCCACAGGGGUGCUGGUACCUCUGCUCCAUGGUGAGGCAGGUAAAUGCCAACCCUGCACAAUGUGUUCUCCCUCAGCCACUGAACUGGCAGCUGGGUGGGGUCAUGCCUGUUUGCAGCUGGGAGAUACUCCUGCUUUCCUGAGCCCUUUGCUUGUUAACUGCAUGGGGAGUCACUUUCUUAAUCAUUAGCAGGGGGAGCCUGCUGGCAGCUUCCUUUCUUUCUCCUCCUCUCUCCUCUGGCCCUGAGCUGUAAACAAGUUGGAGCCUCUUACCUGCCUCCCUCAGUGUCUGGGUUGGGGAGGACACCAUCCCCCUUCCCCAGAGGCUUUUUAUUCCUCAAGCUAGUGUCACAUCCUAAAAAUCAGAAUAAAAGAGUCUAGUGAGCGCCCCCUUUCUCCUCCUGAGCCCUCCCUGAAUUCUCUCCUGGUGCAGCCCAGGUACUCACUGGGAGCAGUGAGUACUUAGCAAUCACCUAAAGACCUUUCUCCAGCUCUGCCCAGGCAGCUGCCCAGCUGUGGGGGUAAGAGGCAAGGAGUUUCUAAGGAGGAAAGUAUGGGGAGAGUGGGAGGAUCUCCAAGAUGCUAGGGGGAAAAUGUGAGGCUGCCUGUUUGUCAGACUUAAGCAAAAUCAGGUUCUUCAGCCCAUAAUUGUAGUAGCCCCCACAAAAACCAGCUGUGUGAUUUCUUUGGUACAAAUAAUUACAAUUCUGCAGCUAUUAAAGAAAGAAGGAAAUGAUCAGUAAAGUGCAGUGAGCUCCUAGAGGAAGAUGGGAGCACUCCAGCUGCAGUCCUGGCCUUACCCAGCCCUGGUUCCUUGCCCUGAGCCAGGUACUCCAGUGAUUGGCAGAGAGAUACCUGAUAGCAGUGUAGCCCUUCCUAGAAUUGCUGGUGGAAGGCUGAGCUCACAGCUGCUCCCUUUCACCUUCACCCAUCCACCAUCAGGUGUGAAACUGUAGAAAUUUAAUGACCCUGACUUUGCCCAACAUACUUGCAUUGGCUGAAAAGCUUCAUGGAGCCCAGAGGAUACAGAACCAUGCGCCUCAUGUCCUGAGGAGCCCCUCUGCUUCUCAGGAGGGCUUCUGCCAGGAGAGCGAGUGCUAACCCUGUGCCUGUGGGCAGAGGGGAAGGUGGUGCCUCAGCCCUGAAAACAUUAGAAAGUCUUUUCCCCAAGCAGUGCCCAGAGCAGGCUUGCCCAGUUCUCUGCUUUCUUACUAUUAUUUCUUUGAAUAAUAGUUCAAUAGUUCUUUGUUGGAAGAGGUAUUCCCCUGGACAUACAUUUUUGCACCCAUUGGGAAAAACGAAGUCUGAUGUUCUGCCUCUACCUUGAAUGUAAUCCUGAAUCUUUCUGCUGUAACCACUACUUGUUUGUAAUGUGUAUUUGACUAGCACGCACUCUCCCUUCCACUAUGCAGCCACUGGCGAGGGGUGAUCAACACCAUCAGAGUCGGAUGGUGUUGGGGCAUCAGAUCCAGAGCGAGAAUUCAACUGGAAAAGGAUAAAAGUGACAAGUUAAUGGGGGAGAGAAUGGAUCUUUAAAUUGAAUUAUUUUUUCAGUUACAAAUAUUUGAAGAAAAAAAAACCAUUUUAUUAAAAAAAUUCUGAACAGA